AUGGAGGAAACGGUACACAGAGACCCUGAUGGAACUGGCCAAAGCAUCUCUCCCGGGGAGCUCACAAGAAGUCAUAUCGAAACCAUCGUGAUAUUUGAGAGACUAGGCGCCGCAUUAUCUGUCACUGGGGUCCUUCUUAUUUUCGUUGCUUAUGCAAUAUUCAAAAGACUUCGCACCGUACCAAAUACCUUCAUUCUGUUUGCGUCUUUUGCGAACUUGGGGGCGAGCAUUGCCUGUUUGAUAGGGUAUUCGGGGGUGCUGGCAGGAUCAACCAGCCACCUUUGCCAGGCUCAGGCUUUCAUGUUUGAACUAUUUAUGCAAUCAGAUCCGUGGUGGUCCUUUGCCAUGGCUGUCAAUGUGUACAUGGUCUUUUUCUUCUCUGCAAAUCCCAAAAGCUUUCUGCGAUACUGGUGGGCGUAUUUCCUCGUCUGUUAUGGGAUACCCUUCAUACCGUCAUUAUGGCUACUCAUUGUCCGUGGAAGUGAUGGGCAGAUUGUAUACGGCAAUGCGACAAUAUGGUGUUGGAUAGAUAAGGACUGGUCCAACCUGCGCAUCUACACGUAUUACCUCCCGAUUUGGGUCUGCAUCAUCCUUUCAACUUUCAUAUAUGUGGCUGUUGGCUACUAUGUCUUUAAACAGCGCAAUCAGCUGCGUAAUUUAUCUCUUAGCAAUCCCGCUCAGGACCCCCCGGCGCCGCGUGACUCGGGCGAGAAGGUAAGUACUUUAAUCGAUACGCUCUUCACGAACGCCGCUGUUAUGGGCAGCAUCAAUCGAGAGGUCGUGCAGGUGACAACGGUGAACUCAACUACCGCAUACUCUGUCAGCGGGCCAUCGUUGACCGGUGCCACGCCUACUAAUUGGUUUGACGGACCACUCGACGACAAGAAUAAUAUGGAUAGCCAUCUGACACCUAUAUCGUCGCAAAAUCCAUACCACACCACGAUCACACGCAUCACCGCAGAUCCGGCGCCGCGAGAAGGCCUCUGGGCGUGUGUCCGGGGGAAUUUCCAGCGCUGGCGCAACCGUUUUAAUCAUAUGGAUCCGGUGAAGUUGGCUUACCUACGUACAUCUUUCGUCUUCGCGAUUAGUGUGUUCGUGACAUGGACACCCAGCAGUAUCAACCGCGUGCAUGACCUCGUCUACGCUGAGAGCACUAGCUUCGCUCUGAACCUGGCCAGCGCCGUCGUGCUGCCUCUCCAAGGUGUUUGGAACUCCGUUAUUUUCUUCUCAACUACUUGGUCCUCUUUACGUGAGGAAGUCCGUGCUCGCCUCGAUUCGCGCAAGGGAUUACCCCGCGGACACCAUGACGCGGCGGCCGUGCGCAAUGAGCGCGAACGCGAACGCGCCUUGGAGCUGUCGAGACGAAAGACUCAAGGACACACCGAUGAUGCUGGAAGUGAUCUCAGCGCCCCGGGUUCACUCGGUGGUAACGCUGCGAGCGGCGGCACUGUUAGAGUCAUGCGCGGCGGAUCACUUAAUAGUAUAUAA